AUGGGAAAUCAGUCGACUCGACAGUUGGCCACACAUCGAAAACACGUUAUACAUUCGUGGAGUGUAAUCUAUUCACAGGAUCCGAAAUUAUUGAAUGACGCUAUCAGUGAAGCAUGGCUCAAAGCCGCUGAGCUGACACCAACAUGGGUAUGGGCACUUGUGGAUCUUCCCGAAACGAUGCACGCUAAUUACAAGGAAAACGCUAAAUUUGUGCAUCUUAUUCAGCAAGUGCGUGAUUUUCUGCAUCUACUUAUCAAAGUACACAAAUGCGAUCCGGAAAUGAUUAAAACGUUAGCGUUUCGACUUGGAGAAAGACAUAAGCUCUACAUGAAUGAAGGGAACGAUAACUCGUAUUGGGCACCAUUCGCUGUACAACUACCAAUAAUUAUGGCAAAAACCUAUAUGGACGUUGUAAAUCAGGAUAAUCGGAUCCGUCGAAUUUUACGAGUACGAGUUCACGGGGAUAAAAGUGAAGAGGAGGAGUUAAUUGACGCUUGGCGACAGUUAAUGAAUACGAUUGUGGAAUCCAUGAAGAGAGGAUACGAGGGAUGUGCAUCCCAAAAAACACCGAUGAGGCUCAGCAUUACAAACAGUAUAAUCUCAAUGGCUUCAUUACGUUCCGGACGUAGUCGAUCAGCAUCACAUUUUCUGGAGCCUACACUUUCUCCUGUGAUGACUUGUAACAUCAGUUCCGGAAGCUCUUCACCGGCGUUGAAUUGCCGUAGUCGAAGCAUUUUUCGUAACAGAGCGCAACGAUACAGUAAUGAUUUUACCGAUAUGAGGAGGUUAAGUUCACCGAAUAGUCGUCAUGUGAUGCUGAACAGUAGUGAUCUACAACUCUUACAAAUCGAUCGAAAGAAUAGUCGAGAACAACGACCUAUUCCGAAUUCAGCAGUAGAUUUCAAAGAAAAAUUAUUAAAGAAGCUGGAAGGAUUCGAGCCUGAAUUCCCACAUAAACAGGACAAUUCGCUAGGAUUGAGCAGAUCACAACAUUGUCAAUUUCGUGAUGCGCUGCCUCUGAGCAUGGAUAUUCCGGCAUUAAGAUGUUAG